GAGGCGGCGGGGCCGGGCCCGGAGCCGGGGGAGCGCCGCCCCGGAAGGCGGAGGGAGGGGCGGCCGCGAUGGUGCUGCUGAGCGCGGCGUGUUGGCUCCGCAGCCGCCUGACGGACCGCUUCUGGAGGAAGCAGGAGGUGCUCAAGUAUGCUCGGCAUUUUCGUGGAAGGAAGAACCGCUGCUAUAAGCUGGCUGUCCGAAGCGUUCGGAGAGCUUUUGUGAGGUCUACAAAGGCCAGAAGGGAAAAGAAGAGAUUCCUCAGAGCGCUCUGGAUCACUAGGAUUGAAGCAGCUUCUCUUGAACAUGGUUUGAAAUACCCAGCUUUCAUCAGCAAUCUGGUUAAGUCCCAGGUGGAGCUGAACAGGAAAAUGAUUGCUGAUUUGGCUAUUUAUGAGCCGAAGACAUUCAAGUCCCUCGCUGCCUUAGCCCAGAGAAGGAGGCAAGAAGGAUUCCUUGCUGCCCUGGGAGACGGAAAAGAACCAGAGGGGAUAUUUUCACGUAUUGUACACCAGUAUUGAUAGUACAAGAGUCUGCAGAGACUGUAUUGUGAAGUGAACUGGUCACUGAGCACUGCCGUGGAAAAAGAUCCCCUAAGGAUGGUUCUGGAAGGAGGAUGGGGUGGGUCAGGGGUGAAGCUUGCGCCCUGGUGACUUCUUUUACUGCAUUGUAAGUUCUGCCCCUACACCUGUUACAACUGACCCAGUUGCAAUUGAAACGCAUUAUACACCACUAUUGAUAUUAAAAGAGUUUGUAGAUACAUGUUUUGAGCAGGAACUUGUGUUGGGAAGUAAACUGGAUUGCUGAAAGCUGCUAUGGAAGAAAAUACCCCGAGGAUCGUUCCAGAAGGACAGGGUGGGUUGGGGGGCGAAGCUUGUGCCUUGGUGACUUUUUCCCCUGCAUUGUUGUAACUAAAACAUGUUGUCACCACUAUUACUAUUAAAAAAGCCUGCAGAUAUGUUUUAAGUUGUGUUGUGAAUUGGCUCCCUGAACGCUGCUAUGGAACAAAAUCCGCUAAGAAUUGUUCUGGAAGGAGGAUCAGGUGGGUUAGUGUGCGAAGCUUGCACCUCGGUGGCUUUUUUCCCUGCAUUGUUGUGACUGAAAUGCAAUGAACAAGAAACCAGAGUUGGAAGUUGGCAGUGGUGAGCCAGGCCUGUGGAAGUUCCAGGGUUAACGACGCACAUAGCCUGCAUACGGUCCC